AGAAGGAGCUAGGCCCAGACACUCACUUACAUCAAUCGUCUCCAUCUCAUUGUUGCUUUUCAUCAAGGGACUACAUCCAUUUUCCAGCAAACAUUGGAAUCAUCGAUUUUUAUUUUUCCGCGGCUGCAUCAACAACAACCAUCAUGGCGCUCAAGGACAUGACCUCCGACCUGAAGAAGCUCGAUUCUCACAUCGACUCUCUUGAGGAUGCGCUCAAGCCCCUGAUUGACAAUCUUCCCGAGAUGGCCAACGAGCUCCCCCUUCUCGACAAGGCCAAGAUGUAUGCUCUGACUGCCUAUGCUAUCGAGACUCUUCUCUUCUCAUCACUCCGUCUCCAAGGCGUCGACGCCAAGGACCACCAGGUCAUGACAGAACUGAAGCGCGUGCAACAGUACUUUGGCAAGAUCAAGGGUGCAGAGGAGACACCCGCUCAGCGCACAACAACGGUCAACACGGAAGCCGCGACGCGCAUUCUCAAAGCGGACCUUGGAAGUAACGACCAGACGCUGAAGAAGAGGCUGGAGGAGAAACUUGCCGAGGAGCGCGCCAAGGCGCUGCUCAACUCGAUGCAGAAGACCAAGAGGCCGGCUCCCGAGUCGCCGUCCCCCAGCUCCUCUGGCCCGGAGAAGAAGCAGAGGAACUCAAGAAGGAAGAGCUCCAACAAGAACAAGUCUUGAGAGCGGAAUUCCGUAAAGACCUUGAUGAACGUCCACAAUCCCGCUUACACAAAAGAUUUUCGUUUGGCUGUCACGGGACAUGGGGGAAGAAUCGCCGAAACAGUUAGACGCCUCCGAGCCACGAGAGAUACUGCCAGUUGGAGGUGCGCGUGGCUGUAUGACACCAUGGUAGGCACAUUGAAGAUCACAGCCGACCUUACUGC